AUGGCCUGCUGCAACUCCUGCUGCAACUCCUGCUCCACCAGCUUCUGUGGUUUCCCCAGUUGUUCUACUGGGGGAAAUUGUGGGUCUAGCUGUUGCCAAGAUAGCUGUGGGACGGGCUGCUGCCAACAGGGAGGUUGUGGAACCAGCUGUGGGAUCAGCUCCGGGACUGGCUCUGGGGCUGGCUGUGCACCUCCUUGUGAGACCACUUGCACAACCAGGUGUUACCAACCCCCAUGCUGCGGAUGUGAGAGCUGCCGCACCAGGUGGUGCCGCCCAGACUGCAGAGUUGAGGGUACUUGCCUGCCACCUUGCUGCGUGGUCAGCUGCACUCCUCCAUCUUGCUGCCAGCUGCAUCAUGCCCAGGCUUCUUGCUGCCGCCCAUCCUACUGUGGACAGUCUUGCUGCCGUCCAGCCUGCUGCUGCUAUUGCUGUGAGCCCACCUGCUGA